GCUAGUUUGGGAACAAAAACACUAUUUAGUGCUAUUUUUGUCUUUUUCUCUAAAUAAUAAUUGGCUUUUGCAUUUGAUUUCAGUUCGAAAGAUAAGAGUGAUAAAGAAUUAAGUCGUACAGCCCAAUUAAUACACUAGUCCAAAGGCCCAUCUAAAAGCCGAAACGUUGCUUCACUACUUCUUUCAUUUUACGAAUAUGCCUUUAUACUUUAUAAAGUUAAUGAUAAGACCCUAACAAUGUAGAUUCAAUUGUUCUCAAGUAAAUUAUACCAGGCAUAAAGCGAAUUAUGAUAUAUUUGUUUAAAACGUAAUAUAAAAGGCUGUCCCUCCCUCUCUCGGACUCUCACGUCUCCGAAGCAAAAGGCUCCAAGAAUCUCUCUGACUUCUCUUCUCCCGCCGUGCCACCGUCCCUGCGUCACCAUCUCCGGCCACCGAUCUCCAGGUUGGUGAAAAUGGGAAGGGUGUUCGUGAUAGAACUCGAGGGACCCGCCUAUACAUGCAUAGAGUGCCACACACACAUCGGAGUCCCCAGUGAUAUCAUCUCUAAAGAGAUCGAGGAAGUUUUUGACAUCCAUGACAAUGACAUCAUAUAUGACUUCAGUAGACUCUUCAAUACGUUUCUGGCUGAAAACACGUUCUAUUCUGCUUUGCACAGUAUCUUUUGUGUCGGUUGUGCUAAUAUCAUUGGCAUUUAUAACAUAAGCCAAGUUGAUGAGGGUGGUCCAACUACUUACUGGGCUAUGAGGAAGAGACUCCAUGGACCAGAAGGAAGCGAUGAUGAGGUUUAGGAGUUGGUAUGUGUUCACAAAAAGACAAUUUGAAGUAGAAAGUAUAUGUUUUUGAAUUUCAUAUUACUUUGUAUAGUGUGUGAGUAGUCUCAAGAACAAAUCACAUAUUCCUUUUGGGGUUUUGAUGACAUUUGAAAUUAAUGAGUUCAUCUGCAUAGUUUACAUGUUUAUUAUGUUUUCUUAUAAUUGAAUAAUUUGAUAA